AUGCUGGCGAGGACUGAUUCAGACAUAACGGUAGAGAGGAACAACGAAGAGGAAGAAGAGGCCAGCUCAGAAAUCCAGGAACUUUUGAAGGAUGUCAAUCAGGGCCAACCAAGAGACCACAAGAGGGUUAUUGAAUUGGUGAGAAAAUUUCCAAAUUUGGCAUUGGUGCCUUUGAUCAAAUGUAAAUAUGGCAGCAGCAGCCGUACAAUUCUGAACCAGUUGGUCCAAGAGAGAGCGCCACUCGAGGUGAUCCGCGGUGUUGUCGAAGCUUCACCUGGCUCGGUACGGGCACCGGAGACUGAUGAUGACUUUCUGCCAAUACACACUGCCUGUUGGUACAAGAAGGACUAUUCUGAUGUCAUUAUUUACCUGGUGCAGCAGUAUCCAGAGAGCUUGAUGGAAAAAUACAAAGGCAACGCGGACAAAUUGCCAAUUCACCAACUGGUGCAGGGAGAAGUUGGAAUUCUUGAGGCCAUCAAAUACAUGGUAUCCAAAGUCCCAGGACUUGUAUCCACCACAGACAAGUUCGGCUUCCUCCCACUGCAUUGUGCCUGUGGCCCCUCACUGAGCACCAGAGGGGACCCUCUAAUUGUUGAAUAUAUGGCAGCAGCUUUCCCUGAUGGGCUUAAAGUGAUGACCAACCGGCAGAUCCCACCCACCCCUACCAGCCAGACACACAGGAACAAUAGCCUUUCAAUGGCACUCCUAUUCACUGCUUCUACCAAUGAAAGAGAGAACCACCCCCGGUUGGAAACUGUUCAGCUAUUUUUGGAUCUCUGCCCGGAGUGUGUCACCUUCAAGGACUCUCUGGGGCGCCUACCACUGUCGAUUGCUUGUGCCACUCCCCUAAAGAUUUACAAUUGGGAUGUAAUGUGUCUCCUUGCAACAAAGCACCCUGAAGCUCUUAGAGGUGCAGACCAAAAUCGUGGGGGUUGCCUACCCAUCCAUGAUUGCAUAAGCAAGAAGGCCCCUCUGGAAGUGGUCCACAAGGUUGUGGAGCUAUACCCAGAAUGCCUCUCUAAACAGUCUCAGUGGCUUGGAACACCUCUCCACCAUGCUUGCUGUUGUUCCAAUUAUGGACAAGUCAUUCAAUAUUUGGCCAAACGCAACCCCAGCAUCCUGAUGAUGCGGGGCAGGGGUGGCCAACUGCCCCUCCAUCAGCUAAUCACCUCCAAACGACCUUCAAAGCAUACUAUGGAUACUGUUCAAUUGUUGAUUAAGCUUUGCCCUCAAGCCCUCCUUCAGGCAGACAGUUAUGGGCGUCUGCCCCUGGUUAGGGCAUGCCAGGAGAAGCAUUCUGAUGUCAUUGCCUACUUGUGUGAACACCACCCCAAUGCUACAUGGCAGGCGGCAGGUGGAAGCAUCAAAGGACAAAGCUGGAUUCCCCUACAUGCUUUGCUUCAGGCAUACAUGCCUAGCCUAGAGGAUGUCAAAAGACUUGUUGAAAUUCGACCAGAAAGUGUUUGGCAAGGGUCAUCGGCCAAAGGGGUCAAUGCAUUGUCAUAUGCUUGCGGGGGCAAUGAUAUGGCUGUAUUUGCAUACUGUUGCCAGAGGUUCCCCACAACAGAGAAGAGCCUGAAGCUCUGUGGGGGCAGAUUCAAUCUCAACAAGGAGAUUGCAGUUCUCAUUGGAGGCCUGCUUCCUCAGCUGGAGUUUUUUCACUGUGAAGCGGACCUUGGCUAUGACUAUGAUGGGGAAGGUUGGUUCCACUUGAUUGACAGAUUGCAAGGCAACACAUCCAUUCUGGAUUUGACAAUGACAGUUCCCAUGCUUUUGCUUGCAUCCUCUGAUGGAGCCAGUGUGCGCUUUACUGAAGCUAUCAUGGGUAGCUCUGUGCGGAACUUGACAAUUUGGCAGCGGCGAUCAGACUCAAGGAUUGAGAGAAAGUUUCGUAAUGUCAAGCAACCAGAGUGGAAUGUGGCUAAAUUUGUUGUGGAUAUGAUCAGCCGAGGCCAGACUUCUUCGUUAGCUAUUGAGGGAAAUAUCCCGUGGGGCCAAGGCAAAAUCAAUGCCAUUCUUGACGCUCUGAGAAACAACAAUCACCUUCAGACGCUUUGGCUACCCUCACUGGCACUCACCAAACCACAAAUUCAGAGCUUGCUGGAUAUUGUCGCCUCCCACAAUGUUACAUUGAAUGAGCUCAGGAUGAGCUCACUGGCACUCACCAAACCACAAAUUCAGAGCUUGCUGGAUAUUGUCGCCUCCCACAAUGUUACAUUGAAUGAGCUCAGGAUGAGCUCGGCUGGGUCAUGUAACUUGAUGGAGCACGUGCUUUACUAUGUCAGACUGAAUGGAGCUGGUAGAGCCAAAAUCCAUGAUCCAAAUGCCACAAGAUUGAUCCUUGUGAAGCUCCUCGUAGCUCAGAGCAAAUCUAAGGAACCAAUCAACCAGGUCAAUGCAUGCUUCGGCCUUUUGAGUGAGUCACUUAGUUUGUGGUGUGAAGUGGGGCAAUGGAUGGAGGACACAUCUCUUGGGGGUGAACGUGGAACCCAAGCUGAACCCAAUGACCUGUCUGUCGAUUUACCGACUUCUCAACCCGUGAAACAAACUCCACGAAGGACCGCUAGUGCGACGAGACGCCAACGGUUGGCAGAAUUAUCAGGGUUGGCACAACCCACAAGCGGAUUUGCUCCGCCUGUACGAAGAGCACCACAAUGGCCAAAACAGCACCAUGCGCAGCAAUCAGGUUUGACCAAACAAGAGUGA